AUGAACGAUCUGGCAUAUGUCACAGAUCAAAGCAAACUGUCGGCGUAUGCGGACGACACGCAAAUUUUUUACGCAGAUCCAGAUCCAGUUAAAGUUCAAGAGACCAUAAACACUGACUUGACCAACGUCGACAAAUGGUAUGCAGAAAAUGGAAUGAAAAGAAAUUAUACAAAAUAUCAAGCCAUCGCAAUGGGAAAAACAGAGAUUAAACCUGAAUUUUCUUGCGAAAACACAGUUAUCAAAAACAACGAGGUUUUGGAGCUACUUGGGGUAACUGUUGACGAAAAACUGAAAUUUGCCAUGCAUGUGAGCAAAGUUUGUCGUAAAGUAUCUCAACAAGUCGCCGUAUUAAAACGUAUGAGGAACAUGCUUCCAUUUGAAACGAGAUUAAGUAUUUACACCUCCUUCAUUGCUCCCCAUUUCAAUUAUUGUUCCGAAAGCUGGCAUUUCUGCAAUAAGUCAUCUGCCGACAAGUUGGAAAAAGUCAAUGAACGCGCAAUUCGCUUUGUCUUUAAAGACAAAUCUACUCCAUAUGAAGAACUGCUUAAUAAAAUAGGAAAUGCACGUCUUUUGAGACACCAGAGAGUAAAGAAAAUAAUAUCUAAUGUAUAUAAAUUAAUAAAUGACUCUAACUCACUGGAAAGUCUAAAAGAUCAGCUGCUAGAUCUCAGACAAAGUUCAUACUUGCUUAGAGGUGAAGAUAUCUUAAAACUGCCCAAAGUAAAUUCUACCACGUACGGGCUGAAGUCUUGGCGGUAUCAAGCCUCCAAAUUAUGGAACGCUCUCCCUGAUGCAGCUAGAUCGGCAGAGAACUACAACGCUUUAAAACUGUAUAAACGCCAUUGA